CUCUAUAGUUUGCAAGCUGAGCCAUUCGACCCUUCUCCAUUAGCUGGAUCAAGUCCUGCUCAUGAUGGACAUCUGAUAGUCCACACUAGAGUACCGCCGAAAGAAUGGCCAAGCAAAGUGCUUGGAAUUUCUAGUAAAUACGACGAUCUCGCUAUCAAUAAAGAUCUCAAGCAAGCUGGCGUCCUCGUUGGCUUAGCUUUCAAUCCAAACGCUGACGAUAACCAAGAUUGUCAAAUAUAUCCAAGUAUGGGAGCUACAGAUGGGAGAUCAACAUCUCAAAUAAUAGAACAGCUCAAUAAGAGUCCAAAGAAUGAUCAUAUCCACAUAUACAUUUGUACACACGGCAGUAGAGAUUGUCGUUGUGCAGAAGCGGGUGAACCUACGAUACAAAAGCUACGCGAAGAUGUAUUAAAACGCGGUCUAAGUGAUAAAGUACACCUCUAUGAGAUAUCACACAUCGGUGGCCACAAAUGGGCAGCUAACGCACUUGUUUUCCCAAGUGGUGACUGGUAUGGUAAUUUACGUCCAUGGGAUAGCGACAAGUUCCUCACCAACGUCGUAAACGGUGCGAUACAUUGGCCUCAUUGGCGUGGAAGACUGGGUUAUGACCCCGCAAAGGCUGUAAAAGCGGCAGAAGCACGUAGUCUAGAUUUGGAUAACGGCGGUGCAGAAGUGAAAGAAGCAAUACAUGCUGAAGAGAGUGAUAUUGUUAAACUUCGUUUUAGGGAUGCGGAGGGUGAAACGCACGUCGUAGACGCUCUCCUUGGCGAAACCCUAAUGAAUGUCGGACGCAGGGAAAGUCUAGGUAACGUCGAGGGUGUCUGUGAUGGAAAGCUCGAAUGCGCGACCUGUCAUAUGUACUUCCCAGAGCAAGAUAGCGCCGAAGCUGCAUCUUUCCUCCCAGAAAUUAAAGACGAGGAGGAUGACAUGCUUCAGUAUGCCAUUGGCUAUGAUGAACUUAGAUCUCGCCUCGGAUGUCAAAUAAAAGUCACGCCCGAGCUAUCAAACUGGUGCAACAAAGGUGGCGUUAUAGAUUUGCCAAAAUAUUAGCAAUGUGUAUAGAUAUAGAAACUUAUAGAUAUAGUUAUAAUAAAUAGCGUUAGUCGAAUUGUGCACAAACUUGUUCAAGGAUGUCCACAUCGAAAUCUUCCCCACAGCUGUAGUCUGCGCCGUCUGAUGACGGUAUCUUGUCUUCCUGCUUUGGCUUGAUAUCCUGCCUAUCAUCGUCUUCAAGAAUUGUUGGUUUCGCCUCGAUAGUGUCGGGUGAGUAUUCAUGUUUCACUUUCGGGAGUGCCAUUUCAGGUGAUCGUUCGCGUUUCGCAGGUAUGCAACUUGCCUUGCCCUCUGCCCUGACCUGUGCUUGCGGUGGGAAGUUGCUAUUCUGAUGGACUCUCUCGGGUGCUUUGAAAUGCUGGUUGGCUGUCUGCGAAGGGAUAGUGCGGGUAGCUAUCUGUCUGGGUAUCCUCGUCGACUGUGACGAUAGGGAAGACAGCGUGUUUGUGCUAUUCUGUGGCUGUGGUGGUAUAGAAUCUGUUGUGUAACUCGACUGACACUCCUGUACUGAUGAAUUUGAACUCCUCUCACGUUUCAGCCUCGCUGAUACUUUCUCUAUCAAGAUAUCUAACUCUGUGCUCUGUUUUGAUAUCUUUUGUCUCUUAGGUUUGGAACUCUCGCACUCUGAAUCGUCCCUGUCUGUACCCACGUCGUCGAUAGGAGCUGGCUGGGGUAUAGCCACAUGUGAGCGCGAACUCCGCGUACGCCUGAACUGCUGCGAUCUAUCGCGGGUGAAACUCCUCGACUUGCGUGACAAGGGUGCAGGUGAAGAUUUAGGAGGCGAUAUCGGUGGUGGUGGUGGUGGGGGUAGCCUAGCUAGUAAAUUGUUAAUAAGCCGUUGUAUAUAGAGACAUUCACCCACUCAUUUGAGUACCAGCGAGCUGAUGUAAUAAGUUGGACUGGCUGGCCUGCCAGCAAAUCUGAAUAUCGUCGUCGCUACUGCUGCUGUCUUGAUUGUAGAACGAC